ACUCAAGCACGUCACCAAAGGCAUUUUGGAAAAACGUAUACAGAUGUUCUGGGCCCACGUUGUACUUAUGGGGUCGAUGAUCGAAAACAGAACUCGCUCAGUCAGUACCAGCCUCGAAGACGGACGUGUAGAGAGCUUGUAUACGCCUCUAACUUUCAUAUAUGUCUAAUCGCCACUUGAGCAAGCCGCAUCCUAGUAAGGUGCCCCCUUGCGCGCGAGGCGUGGCCUUCGCGGAGACCCGCUAUAAGUUUCAGCAUACCCUUCUUCGUCUAAGCCAUCAUUCGCAUUCCGCUGAAUCACUUGCUGCAUACCGCUGGACGCUAUGCCUGCCCUCGUCGACACGUACCAGCCCUCGUACCUUUGCGACCAUUGCCACACACGGCCGAGAUUCAAGGAUGGAAGUACUGGGUACAAAUUUUGUGGCCGUAGCUGCGCUACGGCAGCGUCGAAGCUUUGUGAAUACUGCCAUUCGCGUCCGAAGUACAAAGAGGGAAAGCGUAUCUUUCCGCAUUGCGGCAGGCUCUGCGCCUCAGCGGCAGCAGAGGCCGCUGCGAAGGCCGCGAUAUCUGCUACUGUGAAGCCGCCCUCGUCGCCACAGCCGACGGCAGCGGCGAGUUCGUCAGCUACGACAUGCGCGAUCGUCGACUGCGGCAACUCUGUCUAUCGCAAGAACGACGGGACGCUCUCGAAGUACUGCUCUUUGAAGCACAGGAACCUCGCGGAACACAUCUGCCUUUUAUGUCGCAAGAAUCCCACAGAUAGAGUAUCUGCGUACUGCGGCAGGGCGUGCCGAGACACAGCGCUCGACGAGGGUCCGCUCGUCCUCAAGGUCCCCGUCGACCAUGAUCGCUUCAGGAGCGUCGCUCGCCAGUUCCAGGACUCCUGGAGACAUCGCACCUCGAUCCCAGCAGUUAGGCAGAUCUAUUUCAUCCAGCCGCCGCGAGAGAUCGUGAACCAGUACAAGCAGUAUAGAGAAGAAGUCGAAUCCCGUGGCCACUUCACCGCGCAGGGCUUGACCAAGGGCAACGAGAAUCGGCGCUGGCAUGGGACGAAGCGGCAGUGCCGCCUGGGCGAUGACGGGCAGAAUCACUUGUGCGAUAUACCGAGCUGCUCGCUUUGCUCCAUUAUCCGCACGUCGUUUGAUUUGAGCUUCUUCAAGGGAAGGACGGGGUGGGGGAGAUUCGGCAAGGGCCUAUAUACGUCUUCGACGUCGUCUAAAGCGAAUGACUACUCGAUGAACGACGGCGAGACGCCGUCGACUUGUAAGGCCAUCCUCUUGACGAAGGUGGUGGUUGGGCGCGGGUACAAGAUGCUGCGCGACAAGACUGACUUGACGGAGCCGCCGGCCGGUCAUGACUCGGUGUUAGCGGAGGUCGGCGGCAGCCUGAACUACGAUGAGCUCGUCGUGUACCGCAACGAAGCGAUCAAGCCAGCAUAUUUGGUUGUAUAUGACUCGAAGUGAGCUGGUCAAGAUAUCAACACGAUUAAAUAUAUAUAUCUGUACCAUACGUAUCUAUUCUACGUACGAUUUGAUGACUUCAUGACUUAUGGGUCCAUUGUUUAUCUAUGCUGUUUGUUUGUUAUGGCCUUCCUGAUUAGGCAAUAAUUUACAUUCCCACGACCAUUGUACUUGCUCCCGACCACCAUGCACUGACAGCAUUCGUGUCCGACUUGUGUGGCGCGGUCCAAAUGCGUCCCUGCGCUCAAUAUAAUGGAGAUUCCGUGU